AGUGGGGUUAAAAUUUCUGUGAUGAGGCCAGCAGGUUUUACUUUGACCGUAAGCUUAAAAACAUCAAACAAGACAACAAACUGAAAAAUACUCCAAACCCCCUUCCCAUGCUAAAGCUAAAUGCAGGAGAAAAUGUAAUAAACUAUGGUACAUGGUUUACCUUUAACCAAAAUUCUUAACAGAGAAGCAUUUGUUUUCAUUUCAGGAAGGUAUUUCCUUCCAACUGGAUUUCUGUUUUCAUGAUAAAGGUUUGUGUCUAUUUUAGAGACCAGAUAUGAAAUGUGUUAAUUGUAACGAUGACUCUGUACUUUAUAAAAAAAAAGUCUUUAAAAUUAUGCCAUCAUGUUUUAUGUUUGGGACCAUCAACAAACAUUUACUGAACUAGAGUAAAAUGUAACCUCGCAUAUCUGGGCAGCAGUUGCUUUUCAUUUUCGAAGCAUGAUGUGUAAAAAGAAAACUAUACAAUGAAAAUGCAUACAUUUAAAAAAUCCACAACCCUCAAUCAGCAUUUAUAGUUUUUCCUGGCUCACAGUUUUAAAAGCACAGAGAUAACUCAAAAAUGUUGCCUCAUCCAUACUUUACCCAAAUGGUAUUUACAAUAAUGAUGUGGAAAGGUAAGGGGCUUAUGUCAAAUUUGAGAUUAACACUGGUCAAAAGUAAAUGGGUUUUUAAAAACAGGAAGGAGGAAUAGGCAAUGAUAUGACUUUUUUUUUUUAACAGAAACUUAGAAAUAAGACUCAUAAACAAGGAAAAAAAUGACUAACAAUACAGACAUUUUACCUGAUCAAUUUUCUUCCCUAAAUUCCCAAGGAUGGUAUUUGUAUGCUAAUAAUAAUUAAUUAAAACACCUACUUGUGCAUCUCUAUAGAGUUCAAGGGAGGCAACUAAAUUAUUAUCAAAUAAUCUUAUUAAAGAUAUCUUGUUUUUAAUCACUGAAGCCUUCUCUAAAGAAAAUUAAAACAAUACAUAAAUUCAUUUCAAUAAGUUGAAUUAUGUGAUCACAAAAUUUCUCUUGAUUUGCUGUUCCUUUUAUUGAAAAGAUAUAUCCUCAUAACAUGAUACAGAAUAACAGCCUAAGAAAUUCUGGGUAAUGCAAACCAGGACAGGAUCUAUGUCCAAAAUAAAUAUUUGAGAAUUUUUUUUCCCGCCAAGAUAAAGGCAAUAUACUCAACAUCAUCAAUCAUUGGGGAAAUGCAUAUUAAAACCACAAUGAAUUACCAUUACACACCUACUAGAAUGGUAAAAAUUUUUUUAAUUGGCUACACCCUGUGUUGGUAAGGAUGUGGAGUAAACGGAAUGCUCAUACUUUGCUGGUGGGGAUAUAAAAUGGCAUACUCACUUUGGAAAACAACCUGGCAAUUUCUUAAGAAGUUAAAACAUAAAAACCUGUAUGUGAGCCAGCUAGUUCACUCUUAGGUACUUACCUCAGGGAUAUGAAAACUCAGGUCUACACUAAGACUUAUGCACAAAUGCUUACAGCACCUUGUAGUAUCCUAAAACUAGAAACAACUUCAGAGUCCUUCAACAGAUGAACAAACAGAUUGUGCCACAUCCAUUUGAUGGAAUAUUGCUCAGCAGUAAAAAGGGAAAAUGGUGAAAAGUGCAAUGAUGUGGAUCAAAUCUUAAAAGCUUUAUCCUAAGUGAAAAAAAAACAGGCAAAAAAAUACACAAGUAUAACUCCAUUUAUAUAAAACUGCAGAAUAUGCCAAUGCAUCUAUGGUGACAAGAGCACAUUAAGAGAUUACCCAGAGACAAGGAUGGAAGGAGGAUAGAGUAAAAGGGGCCCAAGAAAACUCUUAUAGGGUAAAAGAAAUGCUUAACAUGACUGUGGUGGGGGUUUCACAAGCACUUUCACAACACUCUAAAUUCUUUCUGUUGUUCCUUCAGGAAGCUGAAAGGAGAACAUUUCAAACCAUGGUAAUAAGAAGGCAACUGGAGCUCGAAGCAUGAGCCAGCUGCGAGCCACAAAGCCUGGUCUUCUCGUGUGCACAGCCGUUUGCAUCUUCAUUUUUAUUUAUUUAAGGAAUCUGACUCCCGAGGAAGCAGAGGAGGAACCCACCCACCCGGCAGUGGUGGAAUGUGGCUUCUAUCCAGAUGAACUGUGCUCAGCUUUGUUUGAAGGGAAAGAGGCGGCUCCCCAGAUUGCAAAGUUCUGUAGAAACCCUCAUGGAUCUGAAAUACUCGCUCAUUUACACAGACCAGGAAACUGCUCCAGGAUUUCCCACAAGUUGCAUUUCAUAACCAGACCCCUGUCUGCAGACGAGGGCAGCUUCUCUUUGGCAUAUAUCAUAACUAUUCAUAAGGAGCUGGCUAUGUUUGUGCAGCUACUCAGGGCUGUUUAUGUGCCUCAGAAUGUUUACUGUAUUCAUGUGGAUGAAAAGGCCCCAAAGAAGUAUAAGACUGCGGUGCAAUCCCUGGUUAAUUGUUUUGAGAACAUUUUUAUUUCAUCAAAGAGAGAGAAAAUGGCUCACACUGGCUUUAGAAGACUACAGGCAGAUAUUAACUGUAUGAGAGAUCUAGUCCAUUCCAAGUUUCAAUGGAACUAUGUCAUUAAUCUCUGCGGACAGGACUUUCCAAUCAGAACCAACAAAGAAAUCAUACACUACAUCAGAAGCAAGUGGAAAGAUAAAAAUAUCACUCCCGGAGUAAUCCAGCCACCAAGCAUUAACUCUAAGACAAGUCAGAACCAUCUUGAAUUCAGCCCUGAAGGAGACAUCUACGUGUCUCCAAAUGCAGGAUUCCAGGUUGAGCCACCCCAUAACUUAACCAUUUAUUUUGGAAGCGCUUACUAUGUACUAACGAGGAAGUUUGUGGAGUUUGUGCUGACUGACAUCCGCGCAAAAGACAUGCUCCAGUGGUCCCAAGACAUCCACGGCCCAGAGCGACACUACUGGGUGACUCUGAACCGACUGAAAGAUGCUCCAGGCUCCACCCCAAACGCUGGCUGGGAAGGAAACAUUCGAGCUGUUAAAUGGAGAAACAAGGAGGGAACAGUUCAUGAAGGCUGUAAAGGCCACUACGUCCAGGACACCUGUGUGUAUGGACCAGGAGACUUGCCAUGGAUCAUUCAAUCCCCUUCUCUGUUUGCCAACCAAUUUGACUCGACCGAGCCUCUUGUGGUCUCGUGCCUGGAGCGGUGGCACAGACUCAGAGUUCUAGGGCAGGCAGAGGUCCCUGUGGAGGCACACUGGCAUUUCCAACGGAAGAGCCAUCUCAAUACGGAAUUGAACCACUGA